AUGCCCACAUUUCAUCCCCUGCUGUCAUUUGAAGAUGCCGUUGGAGCACCUGCACUAGAUGCUACCGAAAGGCACAGCGAGCAGGCUGAAGAUGCUCAAUACCAAGAACCACCCGGGAGGAUAUCCCGUGUCCCAUCACCACCCAACGUGCCGUCCUCGGAGGAUUGCUGGCCCUUUGCCUGGAACCCAUCGUCCACUGCCAUUUCCCACGGAAAGCCCAUCUAUGUCGACGACCACGAUCCCCUGCUGGUAAAUCAUGACCCGAGAUUCGACAUCAACGAAGCUACGUGGACGCGGUUGCGGCGGUUUCUAGAACCUCCCACGCCAGUGCAAAGCGAUGUCUUUACCCUUCCCUCCCUCCGUAUCGCCAAUGCCUUUAUUGCCCUUUUCUUCAAAUUCUUCUCGGCCCAGUCACCCGUUCUGCACGAGCCCACACUGGACAUGAAUUCUCUUCCGCCGCCAUUAGUUGCCAUCAUCAUGGUUAUUGGCGCCAAGUACAGCCAUCUCCGCCACACUCGACGGUUCGCCAUUCUAGUCCAGGAUCGAGCACGUUGCAAUCUCCAGACCGCCAUCGAUAACGACCGCAGACUAUUGAGAGACCUCAAUGUAAUCUACGCCUACGCACUCAUUUGCUACACCGGGCUGUGGUGUGGAAACAAGGGAGCGUUUGAGAUUGCCGAAGCCUUGAGGGGGACCUUGGUGACAUACAUACGGCGGCUGCCAAAAGUCCAGGAUGCAAUGGCCCAGGUCCCAAACUUAUCCAAAGAUCCUAAAUCUCAGUGGAUGUACUGGAUAGCAGCAGAGUCUCGGAGGAGAUUGAUGUGGUUUGUCUUUACUCUCGACGGACAGUUUCCUGCCCUGCUGAACAUGAAGAGUAUGAUGUCGCUGGCAGAGGUUGCUCGGUGGAAGUGCCCUUGCGACGAUGAGUUCUGGACUGCACCUACGGCCCGGAUAUGGAAGAAUCUCCUAGGCUUGGCCUCCCUACCACCAGCUCCUACUUUUGCUAUGGUCUCUGGUCCGUUUCUCUACCAAGCGAGCCAGGGAAGCAAGCCCCAGGGGAUCCAGAUGGCCGCCUCGGCAAUGCGGUUGAACCAAUGGACUGCGUUCUUGGUUCUCAUGGCUCUGUCUACGAGAGCGUUGGAUUGGGCCCACGAUUGGGGACUAGCUGUCAUUAUCAUUCUGGAGACUACCGACGAGGACAGUCUCAGUGAAACCAUUGCCGGGAACAAAUAUGGCCAACAAAUCCACGAUCUUGUUGAGCGCCGGCAGGGCAUUAUAUCUUCUCUCGAAACAUGGGCUCAAGCAUGUGCCCAACCGGGAUUUCCACCUCCACGACAAGGCGGCACCGGGUUGUAUUUCCAAGAGGCAUCAUCACUUCUCUAUGGCCUCACUCGAAUGUCUCUCAACGUUUCCAUAACCGACCUGCAAGAGGCUAUUGGAAAAGAUGGCCCCGAUGGUAUCAAGCCGGCCAUUAACCGACUCAAGGUCUGGUCUUUAGAUGGAUACUUUGCAUCCGCAUCAUGGUCGUCGGCAGUCCAAGACACGAAGAGUCAGGCAUUUAUGGGCGCGGUUGAAGCAAUAAAUACCAUUGCUUCCAUCGCAAAUCGGCCCUCGGCACAGGCUGCCGUACCAUAUAGUCUAAUUGGCUUGUUUCUCGCUCAUGUUCUGCUCUGGGGGUUUGCCAUGACGACCUCGCCAGAAUCAAAACAGCUUCUCAGACAACACGUCUCUCAGCUUUCUCUAACUGGCCCAAUAGCAGAGCAGCUUAGCAGCGUGCUGGAGUCUUCAUUGUCCGCAAAUCCAACGCCAGGAUUUGAUGCGCCUUGCUCCAUUUUCAAGCAUGCUGCAUAUAGUUUAACCCGCUUGGGCACUUGGGGGGCUUCGUUGAAUAUGGCGCUGCUUCUACAUAAACGGUCUGAGUUAUGA